AUGGCGAAAUCAAUGAGAACAAUCAAAAAUCCUUUCUUCACAUCGCAUCCACCAUCUCCAUUCUUCCAUUUCUCUCUCCUCUUCUUCUCUCCCCCGAAGAAAUCAAGUCCUCGAUAUCUCAACCACCAUCACCAAACUCGAUGCUCGCCUCCUCAAUUUUUCCUCCUUUUAAUCUCACUUUCUCUCGUUUUCUCUGGAAUUUCGUUUCUCACAUCGUCUUUAGACUCUGGGUCAACUUGCUUCUCCACAGUUUCUCCAUCUUCGUCUCUCAAUUUCUUCAUCUCCGACGACAAUCGUCAUCUCCUAACUUCCCUCGCCGUCUCCACCGCUCCAUCAUUGUUUCCCUUACCGGCGAGAGGAGGGUAUUCCGGGAACAUGACGGAGGAAGAGAAGGAGUUUUGGAAACAGCCCAACGGUGAAGGUUACAAGCCUUGUUUGGAUUUUAGUUUGGAUUACAGAAAGAAAUCGGCUAGGGUUUCUAAAGAGAAGAGACGAUUCCUCGUCGUUGUUGUCUCUGGUGGACUCAAUCAGCAACGAAAUCAAAUCGUUGACGCUGUUGUAAUCGCUAGGAUUCUUGAAGCUGCUCUUGUUGUUCCAGUUUUGCAGGUGAAUCGAGUCUGGGGAGACGAAAGUGAGUUCUCAGACAUUUUCGAUGUGGAGCAUUUCAAGAAAACAUUGAGAUCCGAUGUGCGUAUUGUUUCUUCUUUACCAUCAACGCAUCUUAUGUCUAGACAAACAAUUGAGAAUCAGAUUCCAUGGGAUGUUUCUCCGGUUUGGAUCCGUGCAAAAUUCUUCAAACUGUUGACUGAGGAAGGGCUUUUGGUGUUGAAAGGAUUAGACUCAAGGCUAGCUAAGAAUCUCCCUCUGGAUCUCCAGAAACUUCGAUGCAAGGUUGCUUUUCAUGCGCUGAGAUUCGCAGCACCGAUUGAGAACCUCGGGAACAGACUCGCCAGAAGAAUGUGGAUUGAAGGUCCAUAUAUAGCUCUCCAUUUAAGGCUAGAGAAAGAUGUGUGGGUAAGAACUGGUUGUCUCACUGGAUUAGGCUCAGAAUUCGACCGAGUUAUUGCGGAAACCAGAAUGGCUCAGCCUCGUUACCUCACUGGUAGACUAAAUAUGAGCUAUACAGAGCGUAGACUUGCUGGGUUUUGUCCUCUCAAUGCAUUUGAGAUUGCAAGGUUGUUGAAGGCCUUGGGAGCACCGAGCAAUGCAUCGAUAUAUAUCGCAGGAGGUGAACCAUUUGGUGGUGGGCCACGAGCACUAGAGCCACUCGCUAAAGUGUUCCCUAAUUUGGUGACAAAAGAGACAUUGGCUCAUAAAGGCGAGCUCUUGCCUUACACCAACAGAUCUUCAGCUUUAGCAGCUAUCGACUACAUUGUUUCGCUUAGCAGCAAUGUUUUUCUUCCUUCUCAUGGCGGAAACAUGGCCAAAGCUAUGCAGGGGAAUAGAGCUUAUGUAGGACACAGGAAGUUUAUAAUGCCAAAUAAGAGAGCGAUGCUUCCAUUGAUGGAGAAUUCUUCGGUUUCGGAAUCUGAGCUCAGUCUUGUAACUCGGAAGCUUCACCAUAAGACUCAAGGCCAUCCUGAGUCACGGAGAGGGCGGAGAGAUCGUGACGUGGUGGCUUAUCCCGUCCCGGAGUGUAUGUGUCGCCAUAGGAAACACAGGUCUGUAGGUUUCUUCUAG